UUUUUUUUUUGGUGAGAUGGAGUCUCACUCUGUCGUCCAGGCUGGAAUGCAACGGCACGAUCUCAGCUCACCACAACCUCCACCUCCCGGGUUCAAGCGAUUCUCCUGCCUCAGCCUCCCGAAUAGCUGGGAUUACAGGCAUGCACUACCACGCCCAGCUAAUUUUGUAUUUUUAGUAGAGACAGGGUUUCUCCAUGUUGUUCAGGUUGGUCUCGAACUCCCGACCUCAGCCUCCCAAAGUGCUGGGAUUACAGGCGUGAGCCACCACGCCGGCCGAUACAGCUGCUUACUAUAGAAUUAUAGAGAUGGCCACUGAGUGGAUUUCAAAGGCACUCAGAAAAUGUUCAGGACUCAAACUGCUAUGAAGCCUAACAUUAGCCAAUUUGAAUACAGAAACACGUAUGUCACACACUAAAGACAGUCAUGUAAAGGAAAAACAAUUAGAUAAUUGCAGGGUGGUUUUUAUACUGAAAUCUUCAGAUUGCUAUUAUUAUGUUAAAAAUCACAAUAUAGGCUUCUUGAAAAAAUAAGGGUGUUAAAUGAACAUGUUUUUCCUCUGAAAGAGUUGUAGAAUCAUCUUUAUUUAUUGAAUACCAGUUUCAUGCCAAGCAUUGGCUAGGGGCCAAGAGGGAAAAAAAUACAAACAGCUAUAGUAUCAUUUGUAUGACUUGCCCCUCCUUUUUUUUUUUUUUUUUUUUGGAGAUAGAGUCUCGCUCUAUCACCAAGGAUCCACCCGCCUCGGCCUCCCAAAGUGCUAGGAUUACAGGCGUGAGCCACCUGGCCUGGUAUGACCCCUUAAAAUUUUUUUUUCUAGUCACUGGAUUUGCUUUUUGUUUCUGAAAAGGAUAUUUCUUGUUUUGCUUAUAAAAGAAAUAAAUGCUAAUUAUAAAAAAAAUUAUCGGCCAUGGGUGGUGGCUUACACCUGUAAUUCCAGUGUUUUGGGAGGCCAAGGCAGGAAGAUCACUUGAGGACAGGAGCUCAAGGUCAGCCUGGGCAACAUAGUGAGACCCCCAUCUCUACAGAAAACGAAAACAAAUUAGCCAGGCAUGGUGGUGUGCGCCUGUAAUCUCAGCUACUCGGGAGGCUGAGGUGGGGGGAUCACUUGAGCCCAGGAGUUCCAGGCUGCAGUGAAUUAUGAUCGUGUCAUUGCACUCCUGCCUGGACAACAGAGACCUUAUCACAAAACAACAACACAAAAAAGUCUAUCAGCCAAUCACCUAGGUAGGGAUAGCCACUUGACAUUACUGAUAAUUAGCCUUUCAUAUUUUUUCUGGUAUUUGAUAACUAAGAUGAAAUGCAGAAGAAAUUUGAAUACAUAUUCUCUAGCAUUUCCUGUAAUGCAUCUUCCUCCAAGAUUCCAAAUGUGGGAAGCCAUCACCCAAAAAUAUGGUUUCGACCAUGUUAGUACUGGAGUCGGGAUUUAGGGAAGAUCUGGGCCCCCACCUGUGGAGGUCUGAAGAGUCAGGUGAAACAUUAGCCUUGUUUGCGUUUCCAGGGCUGGGCUCUCGCCACUGUUUGCUGUGCGCCAUCUGGAGCCUGCAUCACGCAUGGCCUCAGCCAGCCGGGAAGCGGAGAGCGUGGUGGCGGGGGCGCUAGUGAGCUCCUCCUGUGUACCAGGUCCCGAGCUAAGGUUUUGAGACACCUCAUUGAACUUGGCCCACAAAAUUCCCUGCCUCUGUGGAGCUCACCUUCAGUGUUGGGGAUUUGGGACUUACUUUUCCCAAAGCCAAGCUAAUUAUUGUAAAAGGGGUGAGUGACGAAAACGGAAUCAUUGCAAGGUCCUUACCUCUUAUUUCAUGAGAUUGGUGGCAUGAGUGUGUCUAGAGAGCUGUGGUUGCUUCCUCUUACACGUGGGCGUGUACACCAAGACUAGAAUCCAGGGUCCAUCUAAUAAGCAUUCAAAUCAGCGGGCGGGGGAGGGGGUGGGUGAUAGUUUCUUGUCUUACUUUCCGAUCCCAGCGUUGCUCAGCCCAUACCAUCUGAUAAAAACUUUUUACAAUUUAGAAAUGCCGGCUGAGCCUGGAAGCCCGGAGCGACAGAGCGGCGGGUGCCCGGGAGGGAGCGGCGCCAGCCCUGCCCAGCGCUGCGGCUCCUGGCGCCUGCCGCUGAGGCUGGGCUCCGAGACCGCGCGCCCGCUGCCGGGUUCACGCCGAGUCCCCAGCGGCGCGCCGCCCCGGCGAGUGGUCCCCCGAGGGCAGCCAUCCGCAGGCGCAGUUCCCUGAUUGCCGCAGCAACAAUGGGCGGUCUCCUUGGGAUAGAUUCUGCGCGGGCUGCUCUAAGAAUUUACCGGCAGGCAGGUCUGGUCCCAGCAGAGGAGACCCAGGGGUCCCAGAGCGGCGCUGGCGGGAGGCGUAAUGCGGUAGGGUGAGGGUUGAUCGAAGAGCCCCGCGCGCAGCUGCCCCUCACAGUCCCCUUCCCGAGUGCAGAGCGGGCGGAGAAGUCCACUGCUUUUAAGGCCCUGCACUGAAAAUGCAAGCUCAGGCGCCGGUGGUCGUUGUGACCCAACCUGGAGUCGGUCCCGGUCCGGCUCCCCAGAACUCCAACUGGCAGACAGGCAUGUGUGACUGUUUCAGCGACUGCGGAGUCUGUCUCUGUGGCACAUUUUGUUUCCCGUGCCUUGGGUGUCAAGUUGCAGCUGAUAUGAAUGAAUGCUGUCUGUGUGGAACAAGCGUCGCAAUGAGGACUCUCUACAGGACCCGAUAUGGCAUCCCUGGAUCUAUUUGUGAUGACUAUAUGGCAACCUUUUGCUGUCCUCAUUGUACUCUUUGCCAAAUCAAGAGAGAUAUCAACAGAAGGAGAGCCAUGCGUACUUUCUAAAAACUGAUGGUGAAAAGCUCUUACUGAAGCAACAGAAUUCAGCAGACACCUCUUCAACUUGAGUUCUUCACCAUCUUUUGCAACUGAAAUAUGAUGGAUAUGUUUAAGUACAACUGAUGGCAUGAAAAAAAUCAAAUUUUUGAUUUAUUAUAAAUGAAUGUUGUGCCUGAGCUUAGCUAAAUGGUGCAACUUAGUUUCUCCUUGCUUUCAUAUUAUCAAAUUUCCUGGCUUAUAAACUUUUUAAAUUACAUUUGAAAUAUAAACCAAAUAAAAGAUUUUACUGAUAAGAUUCUUCAUGCUUCUUUGCUCUCCUUAAAAUGUCUUUUUCACUAGUUAAUUCCAAGGGUCAGUCUCAUAAUUUUGUUCUUAUACUUUUGUUUCUUUUUUCUUUUUUUUUUUUUUAAUAGAGUUGGGGGUCUUUCUUUCUUUUUUUUUUUUUUUUUUUGAGAUGGAGUCUCACUCUGUUGCCCAGGCUGCAGUGCAGUGGCGUGAUCUCAGCUCACUGCAAUCUCCACCUCCUGGAUACAAGCGAUUCUACUUCCUCAGUCUCCCGAGUAGCUGGGAUUACAGGUUCCCGCCACCAUGCCCAGCUAAUUUUUGUAUUUUUAGUAGAGACAGGGUUUCACCAUCUUGGUCAGGCUGGUCUCGAACUCCUAACCUCGUGAUCCACCUGCGUCGGCCUCCCAAGGUGCUGGGAUUACAGGCAUGAGCCACUGCAUCCGACCUAGAUUUGGGGGUCUUUCUAUGUAGCCCAGGCUGGUCUUGAACUCCUGGCCUCUAGCAAGCCUCCCAUCUCAGCCUCCCAAGGUGCUGGAAUUACAGGUGUGAGCCACUGCACCAUACUUUGGUUUCUUAACGGGAGAUUUUGGUCCACAGUAACCCAACUCUCUUUCAUCUAAGAACUUUAGAUGAGA